CAACAUUCCGCCGAAACCUCUCGUCGUGCGCAGAUCUUGCUCCCUGGAACCCUUUCCUCACCUGCGUGUCUCUCCCAAGUGCAUGUGUCGAUAGCUUUGCGCUCUCCUCGUCGGUGGAUGUAAGUAAGGAAAAUAAGAGAGAUGGCGCCCUCUCCUCCCGCAGUCACGGACGGGUCCAAGACGUGGUCGCCCUCGCACUUAUUCGAGGACGACAACGACGCGGCCGCGGGGAUCUGGGACAAAAUCCAUACGCAUCUCAAGGCUAACGAGUUCCGCGCGGCCAUCGCGGCGGCCUUUGAACUCGCGCCGGGCGACAACUUCACCUACCACGCCACCGCGUCGGUCAAUCUCGGGCAGGCGGAGGCGGCCAUCCGUGCCGGGAGGGCGAACGGCCUCCACGCCUGGUACGUCGAGGCCGGGGCUCCCAGUGCGGAUUCCCAAGAUGCCAGCAGCAGCCGCGACGAUGGGGCCGGGAACAGUAACAACAACGAUUCGGAGUCGAGGAUGGUCCCUGGGCAGCCCUCACUCAGAAUAUCGGGCUACCCGCCUCCGGCGGACAUCCAGGCGUACAUCGCGUUGUUCGACCCGACCAAGUCCGCGGCCAACAGUCUCAAAUCCCUGGCGGCCAACGCCAAAAAGGGCUCGCUCCGCGCCACCGUCGCGGAGCAUCUCCUGCGCAAACGCCACCUGGAUCCCUCCAUCACGGUCCCAAAGUUCAAACCCACCCCUCCCCCUACUGCUGCUACUACUACUACGGCGGCGACAGCGACGGCCCAGCAGGAUGGAUCCAAUCGUUCGACCCCUAAGACACGGCACGAGAACCCGUCGCUGGACUUCUGGGCCUAUUCGUGCAUGGCGCUUGAGUACGCGGGGCCCAACGCCGACACGGCGCUGGUCAAGAUGUCGCACCACAUGCUGCCCGUGUACAUGCACCACUUUGGCUGCGUGUGCCCGUCGUGGGAGUCCCUGCAGGUGAUUUCGAAACUGGCUACAGCAGCAGCAGCGACAGCUUCCGCGACGACGGCCACCAGCAGCGGUGGCAGUGGCAGUGGCAGUGGCACCCUCACCCCCACCGUACUCGAUAUGGGUAGCGGCAACGGGUACUGGACGCUGAUGCUGCGGCGGCUGGGCCUGGACGUGGUGGCCGUGGACAGCGGGCAGUCGCGGUGGCGCAGCGUGUGGAUCCCAGACACCCACGUCGCGGACGGGGUGCAGUACCUGCGCAAGCGCGCCGGCUGCCCGCACGCGCUGCUCCUGCUGGUCUACCCCGUCGUGGGGGGUGGCGGCGGCGGCGAGUUCACGCGCCGGGUCCUCGACGCCUACGCCGGCGACGUCGUCUGCGUGGCCGGCACGCAGAACGGCAACGGGUACACCGGCUUCAGGGACAUGAUGGUCGACGAGUACAUGGCGCAGAGGCCCGGCCCGCGCUGGGAGAAGGUCGCGCAGGUGCCCCUGCCCAGCUUCGCGGGGAAGGACGACGCCCUCUUCGCGUUCCGGCGGGUCAAGGAGGUUGGUCGGUGACGACGAGAAUCGGUGAUGAUCCAUUGGGUGCGUGAGAGAGAAGUUGAAGCGAGGGGGGAUACACUCGGCCAAGGAGAAACAGGGACACAGAGACACAGACAGAGAGUUCCUGUACGUAUAUAUGUACAUAUGUCCAUAUGUACAUGUAUAUGUGUGCGAGGUAUGUGUAUAUCCAGCGACUCCACGCACAGCCUUCGCCCAAAGACCCGGUACGAGAGAGAUCCAAGUCCAAGUCCAUGUCCCAGUCCCCAGUCCAAGUCCAAUAAGCCCAUCACCGCGAGAAUCAAAGCCACCCAGCUUUCUCGAGGUGCACGUGCACACGAGUGGAACGGGGCAGAAGACAGGAUUUGGCUACUUAUCAGGGCGCUCCGUGCGCGGGUCCUUGGUGCACAGCUCCUUACCGCGCCGGUCUACAAGGACAAGGAUGUGCCGCUGGCGAAGAGAUCCUGCCGGUUCAAACGACGGGAAUGAGCUCCUCGUGCCCGUCACGCGUGGCAUCCGGUGCUUUCUUGGUUCGUGAAGGCGGGAGGCCUGCCUGCCUGCCUGGGAUCUCUUUGCUCCCCAGAGGGGUGUCGUCGCCACGGGACUACUGGCCAAACGUGCAAGCGAUGAGUCGGGGGCGAGCGGCGUUCACAGGCACAAGUUCAAUGGCGGUCACCAUCGAUCAGAGAAAGGUCCAGUCGAGACCGAGACUGUCUUGGGCCAUUAAAUGAAUUGUUGGUACAUAUCCACCGUCU